AAGAUUUUUAUUAAAUGCAUUGCUGUUUGUGAUUCAUAUUGCUUGCCGGAAGCUCGUCCUUGGACGGCCUGCUGGGCGGGAGAGCACGCCUGUGUAACAUGUCUUGAUAAAAAGAGGAACGGAAUGUUCCAGUAAGAUAGCCACAUACUGUUGUAUAGUCAUUUUUCUGAGAAGAGCGAAAAUACGCCGCCCUGUUGUGUGGGCACCAGUGACUAUAAAUGCACGAAUAAAAAGGUACACUGUGUGACUCUCUUCUGAGAUGCUCACCCGUGUACAUGUGAUUCAUUACGCUGUCUCAUUGUGUUUCUGUUUAUAUUUGCAGUCUGCGGUUUGGGAUUUUCCCUUAACAUUUCUUGGUCCUUCGAGCCGUAUGGGACGGGCUAUUUAAAGCAGCUCCCAUAAGAGGCACCUCACCAGAUCCCGUCGGUGCGAGAAGCCCACGUUGAAGUCUGUCGACAGCUCACGCACUAGGUGCGUGAUAAAGCCCAAGGACGUGAAUUCGGGUCUUGGCCAACAUUUUACAAGCGGUCCGCACCGUCGGGGGCUGAUUGGGUGCAUCUGAAGAUACCACCAUUAAGUAUCUUGCAGGUUGAAGCCAGGUGAUCGGGUCCGGAUUCGAGUUCUCCAUAGAAAGAAUUGGAGCUCGCCCCGCUGGGAAGGUCCCUACCAAGUGCUCAUCACCACACCAACCGCCUGUAAGAUAGCAGAGAGACCAUCUUGGAUUCACCAAAGCCACUGCAAGAAAGUGAGUGACAGCCCAGACUCAUAGACUCCAGCACCCCUACCUUCUGGUGAUCUACCUGGUGAAGAGAGGGCUGAUUGGGUAUAUCCCGCCCUCUACUUCUCGCCAGUAGUCUACUCACCCGAGGAUCUAGGUGUGUUUGGCUGUCAUGAAGACACUCGCCGUCCUAGCAGCUCCUGCUCCUAGCAGGACUCCUCGCACUUUUCGAGGACAAUAAAGAACAAAACACAAGCCAAACGUGCCGCCAGCUUUUCGGGCGUUGGCUAUCAGCAUAAUAAAAUCAUCAUCAACGAGACAAGCUCAUCUACCAUCUACUUGCUUAACUUCCUUAGUAUCUUUCAGGGACCACCCCAACACGAGAUAAUCACCAUUGAAGACGCUGGACUUGACAAUGGAACGUGUGAUCAACUUUUCUGGAUCAACUUCAACGUGACGAACCGGAACACAUCCAUUCACUUCCCAGUGUUCUUGGACCAAACCCCAGGGAAGAACCACUCCAUGUGCUACCGGCAAGACAACGGUAACAGACCGCUUGGAAACACCACUAAUUGUAAUCAGACCGCUGGAAACGGAGAAGGUGCCCCUGUGAACACGGCCAACCCCUCUAAUGGCACCUACUGGGUGCAAGGAAUGGCCUGGCUAUGUGGACAACGUGCUUAUUUCAUACUACCUCCAGGGUGGACCGGAGUUUGCGCUCCCAUCUUCAUCUCAGAUCACACCUUCAAAAUAACUACGGGAAACGCCACAAGGACCCGACGACGACGAGACGUCUCUGCAGUACAACCACAUGACCCUAUCUGGGGAUCAGAUGUUCCACAGGAAUUUAAGCUUUGGACAACCGGCCAGAAAGUGACCCACGCCCUGUUUCCCUGGGUAGGAGUCGGAAAACAUGCUUUACGAAUUGAAACUCUGGACUACCGUUUUGGACUGUUCCUGAAUGCAUCCUGUAACAUAAACGAUAAACAGAAUCAAGAAAUUGACGCUCUGCGCAUUGCAGUAAUGCAACACAGGGUGGCGUUAGACAUGAUCCUCGCUGAAAAGGGAGGACUAUGUGUCCUCUUUAACAACACAUGCUGUACAUACAUUCCAGAUAAUGUACACUCAUCCAAUAUGACUGAUGCUCUGAACACACUGAGACAACUCAGGGCUGCACAACAACAAGACUAUGUCACAAACACUGAAGAUUGGCUUACAUGGUUGAUAAGCGGCUCAUGGAAGUCCCUUUUGAUUAAAGGAUUAGUUUUUGUGGGAGUUUUACUGUUAUUGCUUUGCUGUUUUACCACAUGUAUUCUUCCCUGCAUACAGUCCAUGAUAAACAAGGUGAUCGCAGUCCGUGUACAGGCAUAUUUGACUUUGCCCAUGGACGAAGACGAAGAUGACCCUCCUAAAGAUGACUUAUCUAUGAUGUUGUAAUUGAUCUGUGAAUGACAUGCUGAUUAAAAAUGCCAAGCCAAGAAAUCAUGCAUAGAUAACAAACAGAUUGUUUAACUAUUAGAGAAGUCAAACAACAGGAGGGAAAUGUAAAAAGAUUUUUAUUAAAUGCAUUGCUGUUUGUGAUUCAUAUUGCUUGCCGGAAGCUCGUCCUUGGACGGCCUGCUGGGCGGGAGAGCACGCCUGUGUAACAUGUCUUGAUAAAAAGAGGAACGGAAUGUUCCAGUAAGAUAGCCACAUACUGUUGUAUAGUCAUUUUUCUGAGAAGAGCGAAAAUACGCCGCCCUGUUGUGUGGGCACCAGUGACUAUAAAUGCACGAAUAAAAAGGUACACUGUGUGACUCUCUUCUGA